AUGCUACCUGAGAAAUAAACUUACGCUUCUACUCUUAAGCAAAAACUUGAAGAAGGAAGAUUCACUGUUUGCAGUGUUGGGGCUGGAUAUGUUGGAUCAUUAACUUCAAUAAUAUUGGCUGCCUAAUAACCAAACCUUAGAGUUAUUGUCUGCGAUGUAAAUCAAAACUUGAUUAACAGUUGGAAUGAUCAGAGAUAUCCCUUCUACGAGCCUGAUCUGGAUAAAUAAUUUGAUAUCGCAGUCAACAAGAACAAAAACAUUAAAUUCACUACUAAAAUUACCGAGGCAAUUUAGGAAUCGGAUGCUAUUUUCAUUUGUGUAAACACGCCUCCAAAGAAAGAAUCUCGUGAAGGAUUAGGCAGAGAAUCAGACAUGACAUAUUUUGAUAUGGCUUGCUAGACGAUUGCUUCAAUGGGUGAUCCAAAAAAGCAUAGAAUCUUAAUUGAAAAAAGCACUGUACCUGUUGGAACACACAAGCGCAUCCAUAAUAUACUAUCUCAGAAUCUUGCCAACCCCGACGAUUGCUAUACUAUUGUGUCUAUGCCUGAAUUCUUGGCUGAAGGUGUUGCUAUUUAGAACUUACUAUUUCCUGAUAGAGUCGUGAUUGGUACUCCCACAGAUAAAAAUGGCAUGGAAGCAUUUGAAGUUAUCAAGGGACUGUAUACUAAUUUUGACACUAAUUUCAUUCAUGUGAGAACUGCAAGUAGUGAGCUUGGCAAACUCUUUGCAAAUGCAAUGCUAGCUUAGAGAAUAUCAUCUAUAAACUCAAUGUCUUAAUUAUGUGAGACUGUAGGAGCAUCAGUUUAAGAUCUUUCCAAGAUAGUCGGGUCUGAUAAAAGAGUUGGACCCCUCUUCUUGAAUGCUUCACCUGCCUUUGGUGGAAGUUGUUUCGAAAAGGAUAUUCAAAGCUUAGUUUACAUUUUAGAAUCUCUUGGAUAGACCUAGCAAGCAAUGUACUGGUCCCAAGUACUAUACAUGAAUUAAUUCUAGAAGACGAGAUUACUAAAUAUGAUUGUAUAGGAGUUUUAAAACCCUACUGAUACGAUCCUUACAAUUUUCGGCUUUGCAUUUAAAAAAAAUACCUCAGACACAAGAAUGUCACCAAUGGCUUUCUUCGUCUAUGGACUUAUUGAAAAAGGCUUUCAUGUAAGAAUUCAUGACCCUCAAGCUAAUGAGAGAGGAUUUUAAAUCGAGAUGGAGAUGUAGGGUUUCAGUAUCGCAGAGAAAUUAAACUUCGAAUUUUGUGGUUCAGAUUAUUCAAAAGCUGUAAAAGAUUCAAAUGCAAUAAUUAUCGGUACUGACUGGGAUGAAUAUAUUACAACUAACUAUAGAAAUAUGAGAGAUUAGAUGAAUAAUGAUAAAGCAUUAUUCUUUGAUUUGAGAUCUAUUAUUGAUUAGCAAGCAAUUAAUUUUCUUGGCUUUGAAAAAGUAUUUAAGCUUGGAAACUGA